AUGAAUAAGCUCCAAGGCAAGGUGGCCAUAAUCACUGGAGGAGCAAGCGGCAUAGGUGAGGCCACGGCACACCAAUUUGCCACUCAUGGCGCACGAGCCAUUGUAAUCGCCGACGUCCAAGACGAGAAGGGCCAAAGAGUGGCCGCAUCAAUCGGCUCCAACAUCUGCACCUACAUACACUGCGAUGUCAGCGACGAGGAACAAGUCAAGAACUUAGUAGACUCCACGGUGAAAGCGCACGGAAGCCUCGACAUCAUGUUCAGCAACACGGGCAUAGGGAGAACGACCCUCACGUGCGAUCAGACCGUGCUGGACAUGGACCUGUCGGCUUACGACAAGCUCAUGGCGGUGAACGCUCGUGGAAUGGCGGCGUGUGUGAAGCACGCGGCGAAGGCCAUGGUGGAAGGGCACGUGAGGGGGAGCAUAGUUUGCACGGCGAGCAUAGCGGCGAGCGUUAGUUCCGAGAAUUUUGUGGACUACAUUAUGUCGAAGCACGCGGUGCUGGGGUUGGUGAGGUGCGCGAGCUUGAAGCUGGGGGCGUAUGGGAUACGCGUGAAUUGUGUUUCACCAGGGCCAAUUGGAACACCAUUGUUGAAGGAUUUGUUCGGGUAUGAAAAUGAGGAAGAGGAUAAGGUGGUAGAGUCGAAUCAAUACUUGAAAGGUGGGGCUUUCAGGCCCAAAAAUGUGGCUGACGCUGUGGUGUUUCUUGCUUCUGAGGAUUCCGAGUUCAUCACUGGCCAUAGUUUGGCGGUGGAUGGUGGGUAUAAGCCUGGUGUUUAG